GUGACGUCACAAACCUCCUUCUAACAACUCCAUUCUAACAUCUACCGGUGUGUAUGGUAUGAAUUCUGAGCACAUUCCAGUGGGUAUCAAAAGAUCAUGUCCCAAGCAGCAAAGCAUCUUACUGGAGUACUGCAUCCUGUGGCCAAAACCCAUAGUGGCAAUUUUCUAGUAGCUGUCAAACAGGAAAAGGUUGAUGCACCCAGACCAAGUGGAGAAAAGGACACAGUCACUGAAGAAGAGCCAGUAAAGAAGAGAGGAUGGCCCAAAGGGAAGAAACGCAAGAAAGUCUUGCCUAAUGGACCAAAGGCCCCUGUUACUGGUUAUGUGCGGUUUCUGAAUGAGCGCAGAGAACAGAUUCGGACACAACAUCCUGACUUACCCUUCCCAGAGAUAACAAAGAUGCUAGGAGCAGAGUGGAGUACGCUGCCAACCCAGGAGAAACAGAGGUAUCUGGAUGAUGCAGAAAGGGAAAAACAACAGUACAUUAAGGAACUUAGAGAGUAUCAGCAGUCUGAAGCCUAUAAAAUGUGUGCAGAAAAGAUUCAAGAGAAGAUGAAAAAUGGUCAGCUGACUUUCGCUUCUGAGUCUUUUACAGCUCUGGAGGACUUUGCGGAGGGUCUACCAAUCAUUAUGGGCGGAGAUAUUAAUCUUACCCUAGAUGCCAGACUGGAUACUUCCACAGAAGAGAACAGUUCCUUAUCUGCAACCAACGUGCUGAAUGGACACACACAAAAAGCCACAGAUUCUCAGAAUGAAAUUCUUUCUGCUUUUGAUGUUCCAAUUUUUACAGAAGAGUUCUUGGACCAUAACAAAGUUCGUGAGGCAGAACUGAGGAGACUGCGCAAAAUCAACAUGGAGUUUGAGGAGCAGAAUUCCAUCUUACAGCGACACACUGAGAGUAUGAAUAGUGCCAAAGAGAGACUGGAACACGAAUUGUUAAAAGAAGAAAGACAAACGAUGAUCCUUCAACAACAACUGCAAACAAUUCAACAGAUUCUGCUCACAAGUUUCUCAUCACUACCAAUUCCUGGAACAGGAGAGACUCCAACAAUGAGCAACCUUGAUGUUUACAUGGCUAAGCUCCACAGUGCUAUAGAAGGUAACCCAGCCCAACAUGAGAAUUUGGUAAUUCAGCUAAAAGAGAUUCUUUCCAGAAUAAAUAGUGAACAUCUGUAAAAUAUGGACCACUUCUACAUAAAGAAGUUUCUAAAUGAUUCUAAAUAUAGAGAUCCGAAGACUAACUGGUUUGAAAUUCAAGAACAUGGAGUAGCUAUACAUCAACAUGAUGUUUUGAAGUGCAAGAACAUGGAGUAGCUAUACAUCAACAUGAUGGUCAAUUUGCGAUUAUUAUUAUUAUUAAUUUGUGCAAAUAUGGACAUGUGGUAGUGUCAUGGUUCUAUGAAAUUUAAAUUUAAGUCAGUAUCCCUUUUAAAUGUGCAUUCUUCUUACUCUGGCUUUGUGCACAUCCAAAUAUGCCCGACAAUAGGAGUUUACCUGCUGCAUAGUGGCCUGUUUUGUUAAACCCUGUUCACAUGUAUUAUUCUUUACGUAGAUUUUCGUGGUGCUUUUAGCACUGAAAGUCUAUUGUUACACUGAUUGUGCAAGGCUGUCUUCAGAAAAAAAGACCCUAAAAGUUUUGACUUACAAAUGCUGACCAAACUACCCAACUGUGAAUACUGCAGAGUGGCUUUGCAAAUUUCCAUUAAGGGUUUUUCUAAGUUAUCCAAGACCCUCCCAAUACCAUUAAAUUCAUGAAAACAAAAAGUAUCUUAAAAUUACCUCUCACUUCUGUAUAUUACCGCUUUCUGCUCUGCAGCUUUGGUUGCCCUCCAGUUGUAUGUAUACAAGGCUGCAUCAGUGACAUGCAGGUAUAUGGCACUUGACCACUGCAGCCAAUCCCUGUCCUCAGUGGACUUGUACAAUAUACCGCAGAGCACAUUAAUUGGCUGCAGUAGUCACAUGUAUACCUGUACAUCAUCAGUGUAUCCUUGAAAACAAAACUGCAGAAGGAGAACCAGAGCUGUGGUGCAGAGAACAGCAUGCGAGAAAGAGUAUAGGAUUUUUUUUUCGUCUUUUAUUUUUAGCCAUUUAGAGGAUUGUACGAUAACCCCUUUAAGAUAAGAUUGUUUUAGAUAAAUCUAUAGCUGAAUAUUUAUACAUUUUGCAUAUUGGAAUUUUAAGAAAUGUGAUAAUACCCAUUCCAAUUCUACUUUACCAAGAUUAUAUAUACGGUGUAUAGCCAUUUUUAUAGCCAAAUUUAGACUUUUUUUUUUUUGUUGCUAUUGUUGGUUACAUGUUUGAAUGGGUCCAUGUUCAUAAGUUUUCAGCUUGCGUUUUACUCAUUAUUCAAAUAAAAAUGUAUUUUUUUGGGGGGUGUCUGGUUUUGUUUACAUUUUAAGCCUAUUUUUGUAGAAAAAAAUACACCAGUAACAUUGGGAAAUAUGUUAUUACUGUCAUAAAUGAAAUGCUAGUAUUGAGAAAUAUUACAACUUGAUAUGGAAAAAAUGUGUUAACUAAAAAUAAGUUGCUUGUUUACAUUCCUUUAUUCAUUUUCAGACCCCCUAAUAUUCAGUUUGAAACCUGCUCCUAGGUGCAGACUUUUCUCAAAUUAUUGUGUCCUUCUGAUUAGUAGAUGCUGGAUAUGAGGUCUGUGUGUCCAAGAUGCCGCUACUAUCCCAAUCUAUCAUACUGUUACUGCCUGGCUUUAUCCCUGUACUGAUUUCCCCUUCUAUAGCUUAUUGGAGAUCUCCUCUCAAUUGUAACUCAUGUUUUUGGGGGCAUGACCCCCUAAACGUCGCAAGCUAUGAGAUAGGAUAUAACUCAGCCUUCUCAUGGAAAAAG